ACCUCGCGUGGCCAACGGCUCUCCACCGACUGCUCGCUCAUUGAAUUACCAGUUCUCAGCCUUUUAACCUCGAUUUAAUGGAUUUAUUUUUUUUGUUGUAGAAGAUAAAGCUGCUCAGAAACACCAGCACACUACACUGUGCUUCUGUCUGUCGGGCUGCGGUGGUGGAGCGUGCUCUCCUGGGCUCGCUGGCUGAAUUUGGUUGGGGAGGCAGGGGGAAGUACGAAGCUGGUCCCGAAUGAUGAUGGAGCUAGAGUCGGCUAGUAACCGAGGCGACCUGGGAGCUGUGGGGGACUCGCUGCAGCCACAGACUCCAAGCAGGCACGAAAAGAGCCUGGGGCUGCUUACGACCAAGUUUGUGACUUUGCUACAGGAAGCGAAGGAUGGAGUGCUGGAUCUGAAAGCUGCUGCAGACACUUUGGCUGUGCGGCAGAAACGACGCAUCUACGACAUCACAAAUGUUUUGGAAGGAAUUGGUCUGAUAGAGAAGAAGUCCAAAAACAGUAUCCAGUGGAAGGGGGUAGGUCCAGGCUGCAACACUAGGGAGAUCGCUGAUAAGCUGAUUGAUCUGAAGGCUGAGCUUGAUGACCUGGCUGUCCGGGAACAUGAGCUGGACCAGCAGAGAGUUUGGGUUCAGCAAAGCAUCAAGAAUGUCACAGAUGACUCCAACAACAGCCCGAUGGCGUAUAUCAGACAUGAAGACCUCUGCGGCGCAUUUAAAGGUGACACACUGCUAGCAAUCCGUGCUCCAAUCGGCACGCAGCUGGAGGUUCCCAUUCCAGAGGCUGUCCUCAACGGACAGAGGAAAUACCAGAUCCGUCUUAAGAGUACAUCUGGUCCCAUUGAGGUUUUAUUGGUCAACAAGGACCCUUCCAGUGCCUCUCCUGUUGUCUUGCCCGUCCCGCCUCCAGAUGACGUCCUUCAGAGCCUCCCAGCACCGACACCUACCUCCCAGCUGCCCACUGCUGCCUCACAGGUCCCCAAAUCGGCUCCAGCUCCUGCCACAAAAGCAUCUCCGGUCACAGCGGCAGCUUCUGGAGCCACUCAGACAGCGACGGAGGUGACGAGCGCCACGCUACUCACCACCACAGCAGAAACGCCAGCUACAGCGACUCAGCAACUACAAUCCUCGGCCUCUUUGGAUGGAUCUGCAUCCUCCUCUGCAGUGUUUGAGCCAAUUAAAUCAGAUCCACCUGAAUUUAUGGACUUUCCCAAAGAGCUCUCGGAAAUGUUUGAUCCAACUAAAGAGAUCAUGAGCGGAGACCUGUUGGAGGACUUGAUGUCUUCAGAGGUGUUCUCGCCUCUCCUCCGCCUGUCCCCUCCACCCAGUGACCACGACUACAUUUACAACCUGGAUGAGACAGAAGGCCUGUGUGACCUCUUCGACGUGCCCAUUCUCAACCUCUGACCCAGAGACUGAUGGAAACCGUCACCCGAAUAUGCUACAAUCCACCCCUUCCUUGCUCCGCCCGACAGUGGAGGUGAGAAAAGGAGGAGGAAUAUGAUCUGCAGAGCUUUUAAAGGAAACCUCGGCAUCGUCACGGAGCGCCACCUGAUCUCAGACAGAAGCUCCAUGUUCAGAAAAAACCUUUUACUUACUGCUUUUCCAAGGAGAAAACAUCAACAUUAUAUUUUUGGAUUCUUGCGCGUCGAGCGUUGUGUUUGUGUGUGGGCUUGCGAGUGGAUGUGUGUGCACGUGAGUGUUCUUGUACUGGUUUCUCUCUGAAUUUGAACCAGAAACCCUUUUCUACCAGGUCAGGAAUCACAUCAUGCAUGGCUUCAUUUAUUCCAAACACAGCUGGGUAAAUAUGCACUAUCUUCAUGUACAUAGAGAAUAUAUAUUUGUAUUACCAGCUCAAUAGUUUGCAUAUUAACGAAGGCACCAGGCCUUUUUAUAUGACUUUAAAAUAAUGAAAAUUUUAUGUUUUAACUGAACUUUACCAUGUUUAAGAAAGAGGAACUUCAAGCUAAGCUAUGCUAAUAAACUUUAACAUAAAGAGCAAAGCAUCAGAAGCACGGGGAGGGGGAGGGGUUAAAACUCUGGCCAAGUCGCCUUUCUGCUAGAUUUUGGACGCCGUAGCUUUUAUAUCAGGAUAUAAUCAGAGUACUUUAGUUUCUUUUCCAAAAUGAAUGAAAAUGUUAGUAAAUGAGAACCAUUGUGUAAGUUUGUAAGUACAAGGAGCUGUUAGUCCCUGCAGUCGCUGUACCGUGGGAUGAUGUCGCUGCUGAUGCAACACAAAGCAGAUCCUGUGACGGUGUUUUGGGAACUCCCAUCAUGUCCCGUGUUGCCUUGAAUGAUGUGUAUGUAUGUAAAGUUUGUACUGUGUAUAUCACUCUACUGCUUGUAUAGAAUAGCAUUUAUUUUUUAUACCGGCUAGAUAUAUUAUUGCAGGAUUGUUGCUUCUAAUUCGGGACUACCCUUCAAAGCUAAAGGACUUAUUAAAAACCAUCUGCUCCUUCAGAGCAUCCUGUCUCAUUGUUGUGGACAUGCUGGUUGCUAUCAGCGGCUGGUUCUGGUGUCCGGGGGGGGGGGGGGGGGGGGGGUCAAAUGAACCCGAGACUGAAGCAUAUAGAAAGUUUUUAUCAGACUCGGAGUUGCUCGACUGUCCGUGUCAAACUAAAUAAACACUGGUAUUGUG